GAUGGUGGUGUGACGUUGCGCUUCCAGCGUACCCCCGCCCCGCGCGCCGCGUACUUUACUUAUUUUUGUCAAACCUUACCAGUUACGCCAUAUUUGCUUUAUGUUUUAUUGUUUAUUAUUGGCAUUAGGCAUUCUAUUCCGUUUCCUUCGCCUCAUCUCAUUAUCUUCGCAAUUAAAAAGUUACGUUGCCAACUGCAUAGGUGGACGUAAAACAAUACGUGUUCAAAUUUCGAAUUAGUUUGACAGAUAAUUAAUUAUUUUCAUUGUGCUUAGUAAUUAAUUAAAAAAUAGGACAAUUUAAUUGAAAUAGUUAAGUCGUGCGAUGUGAAAACCAUAAAACGUGUUCAAAUUUUAAAAUAGGCACAAUAAAUUAUGCAAUUUGUAUUGCGAAUAGCGAAUAAUAAAAAAUAAUAAAUUACAAACAUGUGUGAAAAAAAAGAAGUGUUUUGUUUAGUGUGUAAAAUUUAAAAAUAGAACGUGGAAACUGUUUCCGAUGCACAGUCAGUGGCUAUAGCGUUUUAUAAAUAGUGCAAUGUGUACAGAGUGUAGUUAAAUUACAAAAGAUGCAUUCGAAAUUUAAAAUUUCGCCAACCUGAUGUGUGUUCUGUGUUUCUGAAGUGCAUUUUAUUGGAUGUUUAUAAUGGAGAAACCUUCCUAUAAGCUGGUGGGGGCGCCGUGCGGGCACCACGGUCAGUACACCUUCUACAAAGCCAUCAGGCUGACCGGCCAGUCGGAGCGGAUCUACGCGAUUGGAGACUUCUUCUUCGUCAGGAUAUGGCAGGACUCAGAGCUGGUGUCCAUAGGGGAACUGCAGCUCCUGUGGACAGACCGCGUGUCCGACCAGACCCUGGUUUCCUUGAGACUCUACUUCCUACCUGAGAACACGCCUGAUGGCAGAAGUUUGCAUGGCGAGGACGAGGUGCUGGCGAUCAACGACAAGGUGGUGCUGCGGGCAGAGGACCUGCUGAGCUGGGUGUGCGACGGUAGCGGCUGGCGCUGGGGGCUGCGGGCAGUGUGGCGCGGGGCCUGCGCUCCGCCCACGGAGCCCCAGGACUCCGCGCCACUGCACCACACGCGCAUGGACUUCAGCGACGUCGACCGAGAGAAGAACGCCGUCAAUGUGGACAUUGCGGCGCCGGGCGUGGUUGUGUUUUCUUACCCGCGAUACUGUCGCUACCGCGCGUUACUGGCGCGGCUGGAGGGCAUCCAGGCGGCGUGGCUUCGGGACUCGCUGGUGGCCGCGCUGGGCGGCUACGCGGCGCCCACCAGGAACACAAGAAUACUGUACUGCAAGGACACGUUUGAGUACCCGGAGCUGGAAGGACACGAGUUCGUGUGCAACCACCUCGCACCCAAGCUGAAAGGUCGCCCGCGAGGGAGGCGGCGACGCGCUCCGCGAUCGCGGUCCCGAUCCCGCUCACCCGACUCGCGCUCCAGCGACAGCGAAGCGCGGCGCACGCCCGAAACUAGGACACCGAGGAGGCUCUCCCUCCGCAACGGCCCGGAGAAGCACAGCGACGAAGAAGAGGAAGUGGAGAAGAAGCCCGAAGAAGCGGCGAAGGACGAGGCCUUCUUGCAGCAGCUACGGGAGUUCUUCACCAGAAAGGGGGAGGUGUUGAAGAUAUCGCACAGCGUUAGAAAUUUGUCGUUGCGCAGUCUUUACGUGGCGACCAUAUCGAUGGGCGGGUACGACGCGGCGGGUCGCUGUCAGUUCUGGCGCCGCAACUACAAUGAGAAGGCCUCGAAGGUGCGGCGGCUUUACGAGAGAUAUUUGCUACAGUUCGAACAUUACGAGAGAUGGAACGGCAGGAAAUUCCCGAAAAUGCCGAACGGCAAGCUAAUGGAACCAAAGACUAUCGCCACUAUUGACGUCACAGACUCACCGACCCGAGACAUAGACACCAAAUCGACUCUCCCGGAAAAAAGACUGAGAACGCCAUCCCCUCGGAAACAAGAGAAAUUAAUUCUAGACAACGAAACCGGGGAGCUAUUGAAAGAGGAAGUCAAUUUCACAUCAAAACCUGCGGAGGAAUUGAACAGGGAGUUCUUAGAUUCCCUGCCUCCAAAAGAGGAAGACAACAAGCCAGUGAAGAUAUUCGUGAAGCCCGUAGAGAAACUUAUAGAGCCGAGUAUGAAGGAGAAUGUAGUUAAAAUUUUCGAGCAAAAUACUGCGUUAAUGUCCGAAUUGUCUAAGCAGAAAUUGAUGGAUUCCGGCAAGAAUGCAGAGGCGAAUAAGUUGUUUAACGAUGGCAACACUAGGUUUUUGAAUGAAUUGGCGCAGAAGUUGCAUUUAGGUAACGCGGACACGAGAUUUUUGCAGCAUCUUUCCCAAAGCCAGUCUACGGACAGUCUGUCCAGCCUAUCCUCACUCGGCGACAAAUACACCAACGGACACACGAACGGCACUAAUGUUGGUGAACAGAAGUCGCGACCGGCGGGGCGGAGCUCCUUACGCGCGGUGCGGGUUAAGCCCACCAGGCCGAUGACUGCGAGACAGACGCCGCCCGUGCCCCCCCUACGCUCGGACUCCGCGUCGUCGUCUCCCCCCUUGGUGGGUGGCACCACCGCCAGCACGACAGUCACCAACUUCGGCAUCCACCACCCGCGGCCGCAGUCCACGCAGAGCGACGACGAAAUUGUAGAGGUUCCCUACCAACCAAAGAGUCCAGAGAUCAUCGACCUGGAUGAAUACCCGGAGAGUCCGCAGGGCAUCAAGAAAAAGAAACUGGAGAUCCUCAAGGAGAGAGGCCUCGAAGUCACCGCGGUGCCCCCGGGCCCCGUGUGGCCCGCCCUGGCUAACCCGAUCACCCCUCUCAUUAACCCCAAUCCCAUAAUCCUGAACCCGGCGGUUCAACACCAGAUUUUGUCCCAAGCCCAAAUGUUCCAAAUGUACAACAUAAUCCCCAACUACCCUAACGCGGUUCAAGCUCCAAAAGUGAUCCAAGCAUCGAGCGCUUUCGGUAACGCUGGUCCAGAAAAAACCGUUUACGGCAACCCAAAAGACCCCUUUAUGCCCCCACCGCACGUCCUACAGGGGACGCCUAUCAAACCGCAACGCUCCAUCGCCACCCCUACACCCACACCCCAAGAUAUCCUAGACUUGACGUGUAAAACACAAACUGCCCCCACGCAAAAACCCGCAGUUGAAAUAGUGAGAAUCCCUUCAGAGACCCCGUCGCCAUCCAAAACCCCCAACCCCCAGAAUCUAAGCAAAAACUAUACAAUCCUAGACGGCAAGGCCGUGGUAUCGAAUUUAGAAAUAACACUAGUGAAUCCAAAAUCACAGACUCCACCAAAAAAGCAUCCGCAGAAGCGGUCAUCGAACGGAAAAUUCGCGUCGCUAAAAACCCCAACGCCCCCUAAAGAUUACCCCAAAACAUUCCCGACCCCUUCGCCCAAAAAACCGCCGAUAACCGUUCCGAGCUACCAAAUCGCUAAAGACGAAUGCCCGAGCAGUUCGACCCAAAAGGACAGCGCCCAAAGUACUGUUCUACAAAACGUAUUCAAAAACCAAAACCUAGCGCAAAUGAUGGAAAUGCAGAAGGUUCCAAUGACCCCUUUCAUGGACCCCUUGUACAUGCAGCACAUAUACAACAGCCUGGGGCAAAUGGACCAGCGACAGCUGGCUAUGUACAGAGACUUCAUGACCAACCAGUUCAGAGGGUACACCGGAUUGCUGAACAUGUCCACGCCUACAACGAAAAAUUAGUGAGGUUCUAGUCGGAUAAGUUACUAAUGUUAGUGCUUUUAGUGGACGCUAGUUCAAUCAUGAUAAGUCUGUUUUAAACAUGCAUUUUGGUUGGUGUAUGCCCGCCCGGGCAUACUUAUCCGGAGUUCUUAAUCAUGAACAUCGUGAAGGUUUAUUUUUGAAUAUUGUUUGUAUAUAAGCUUUUCGCUCUGAGGCUGUCAUAGUAUGUAUAAAAAUUUAAGCUAAUUUUUUUUUAGACCUUAAAGGACUGAACCAUGGCCGUUAAAUAAAUUAAAAAAAAAUGUAUGAUAACAAAAACUUAAUAACUUGAGUGAAUUGUUUGAUUUAUUUUCUAUUUUUGCAUAGAAAGGUAAAAAAAAUUGGCAGUGCCAUUGAAAAAGUAAAAAAAAAAAUUGAAAUGCAUAUAAAAACUUCGAAAUUGACACGAUUCGGGCACUCUGGCAAUCGAUUCUGAAAUUUUUUAUAUAGAUUUAAAAAAAAUUACCAUCAUAUCAAGCCAUGACCGGGGUCCAUCGGACCAUCACCUCCCACCAUGAGAAGGGUUAGAGACCACCACGCUGGCUCAGUGCGGAUUGGUGGACUCAAAAAAUGCCAAAAAAUUAAUAUUUCCUCAAUUGUAUGUAAAAACUCUUUAAUACAAAUUAUAAAAUUAUAAACUAACCAAAAUUAAUCUAGCGUCCAUUGAGAGUGUUAAAACUAUUUUAUUGUUAUUGUGAUACGGCAAGUAGGAAUAAGCGAUGUCGAUCUCGGGUUAAUUAUUAAAAUUAAUGUAUAGUUAAUAAUUAAUUAUUGUUUUAAUUAUAGUAUAUUUCGGGAGCAAACGUGGAUUCCAUGCACUUAGCAUGAAUUUGAUACGCCAUCGAAAUUCAGUCUCGUAAAACCUAAAGUCAAAGAAAAAUGAACUUAAUGAAACUCGUUAUAGCGAUGCAAAAUUGUACAAACACGACCUGUUUUUUUUAAAUGUCGAAUGCCAGAAGAAAAAUAAAUAAAUUAUGUCAGUUGAAAAUGACGUAAUCGAAAUUCAAAUUAGAAUUACGCGAAUUUAAGCUCAAUUCGUAGGGAGUGAAGGUUUUUCAUAGGGAUAAAGGUUUGUGUCACGAUUGUUCUCGCAUUUUUUUUUUUUUUUAAUUUAUGGUGGACUCUGUAAAUAAAACUUUAAUAAAGAUAAAUUAUUGCUUGCUUUUUAUUUGCAAUUUUGAACCUUAUGAUAAAAGCCAUAAAAAUGUUUUGUUAAUCGAUACGUCAAUAUAGUUCUAGCAGUAAUACAAAAAAAGCUACUUUAAAAAUACUUACAUUAGGUUCAUUUUACUAUGACAAUACAUUGUUUCUAUAUCCGAUAUGGAUUAAGAUAGCUCGUAUAGAUCUCAAGCUAAGUACUGUUUAUCCAUAAACACAGUAACCCUGAUUUUCUACGAUAUUGAAUAAUUAUUAUGACGUCAAAAUGUGACACUUCUUACUAAGCUGUCAAUUGCGAAGUCACUAGCAAACUUAUCUUAAAAAUAACAUAGCUCUAAGCUGAAGCGUCAGCUUAAAGCUAUGUUAUUUUAAAAUUAUAGUUUCAAGAUGAUACCAAUAAUUGUAAUUUUAAAACAACCAGAUAAGUUUGUGGGACUUUACAGUACGUCGAAAUUUGACACAUCUCAGACUAUUUGAAGUUUUCAGUCAGUGUGUAACGGUUCAAUGUCACGGAGGAUAAGGGCAGUAGACUGAGCCAUUCACAGAAAAGGAUGCAAAAUGUUUGCACCGUUUUUCGUAGUUUCGUCAACACAAAUCGUCCCUUAAAAUAGCGUGUUCGACCGAUUUGUCAGCGUGCCGAUUUUGUGUAUAACCAUCUUUAAUCGACCGUCUAUAAACUACAAAGUUAAUUGGAAAUCAAGUAUUUAGAUUGUAGAUAUAAUUUUUCUUUAAAAUGGCGUAAUGUAUUGUGUGCAGUACACCACUUAGCACUAACCAAUAUUUUUAUAAAUAAAUUUUAAUUAUGUUCUACUACAGAUCACGAGGUCAGGUGGAUUCAGUAUUUUAUUUAAAUAUAAAAAAUUUUUAGAAUAAUUCUCAUUGCCAGCUUAAAGGAACCAUUUCGGAUGAAGACAGGCCCUUGAAAUAGUUUCCAAGUCAUAGUUUAUAUCUUCGAUAUUAAUACUUAUUAGAAAAUAGAAAAAUCGGUUGGUCACAAAAUCGGUCACGUACGCUUAGUUUUAGUGUUUUCGUGUAAAUAAAUUGUACAUAAACUAUUGUAACGGUAUUAUUUCCUUGCGACCGAUUUUCCGUUAUGCGACUAUUAUUUUAUUUUGCUCUAAAUUAAUUAACAAA